ACACAUGGCAACCAGUUGGAGAUGUGUUUAACCGUGUAGAAAAGUAGUAUCUGGAUAUUUACUGUUUCAGUCGCCAGAUAUAAGUCUGUAACACUGUCGCUGUAAUAUCUGUCGUGAUUUGGUCAUCAAUGCAUCGACCUGUUUAAUCUGCUAACGUCUGUAAAGCGACUUUAACUCACUUCAAUCAUGGUUCGAGCUAAAAGGGGUAAACAAAUCCAGAGGCCUAAAAGGUCAGAGCGAUACGAUGAAGAUGAUGAAGAAGCCUACAAGAACAUGCCUGUCCCUGAUAAGAAAUCUUCAAAGUACACAAAGGACAAAAUUGAUCAGUUUCACGAUGAGAAGAUUGCAAAACUUCUUGCCAGUGGAGUUCAAAUGGAGAGCGAUCCGGAGGAACUGGACGAUGAGGAGGAAGUGAUGCCCCUGGAUGAUUCUGAGUCUGAAGAGGAGGAGGAAGCAGACAUGGAGAGUGAUCUAGAGGGGCAAAAAGAUGAAGAGCUUCCUAAUGAAAUGGCAUGGGGCACCAAGAAGAGGAUGUUCUAUGAUUCUGAUUAUGUGACCAGCAAGGGGAAAUCAAAAGAAGACCUGGAAGCAGAGGAACAAGAAGAGGAAGAAGAGGCAAAAAAUAUCCAAAAACGUUUAGCUGAAAAUCUGAGCGAGGAGGAUUACGAUUUAAACUUUUUUCAGGACCUUGCUGUGGAGAAGAAAGAUGAAGAGAAGACUGCAAAAAAAGAGGAGAGGAUUGUGAAAGACCUGAAGGAGAUGUCCCAGAAAGAAAAACUGAAACUUCUGAAGAAGGAAUCACCAGAGCUGCUUGAACUCAUUCAGGACUUCAAGACAAAGCUUGCAGAAAUGAAGAAUGAGCUGCAGCCCCUUGUACAGAUGGUAAAGGAUGGAAAGAUCCCACCAGGAAAGGGUGCUGACUACCUCAAGACAAAACAGCAACUUUAUCUCAAUUACUGCACAAACAUCAGCUUCUACUUGGUUCUGAAAGCAAAACGAGUCCCUGUUCACAAUCAUCCCGUGAUUGAAAGACUGCUCACCUACAGAAAUCUCAUCAAUGAACUGGGUGCAGUAGACGCCCGGCUUGCACCACAGUUUAGGAAGCUACUAGCUGGCGAGGGUAAAGAUAAGGCCACCAGCAGACCAGCAGAGGGCAAGAAGGUCGGGGUCUCCAGUAAGAAGAACAUGGAUUCUGGUGAAACGGUACCUGAGAUUGAGGAGGAUUCAGACUCUGACCUGGAUGAGGAGGCAGCCUUGCAGUUCUACAGAGGAGUGGAGGAGAGGUUGAAACUGAAGAGGAAGACCAACGACCCAGCCGCUGAAGGGUUGGAGGAGCAUGAAGAUGAGGAGGAAGAGUUUGAUCCAGACGCUAAGAGAGGCAUUACUUACCAGAUGGCUAAGAACAAGGGUCUCACACCAAAGAGGAAGAAAAUUGACCGUAAUCCCAGAGUCAAGCACAGAGAGAAGUUCAGACGUGCCAAGAUCCGCAGAAAGGGACAGGUCCGUGACGUUCGGCGGGAGGACAAGAGAUACAGCGGUGAGCUGUCUGGUAUUCGUGCUGGAGUCAAGAAGAGCGUCAAACUUAAGUAACCCAGAGAGAAUUCAAAAUAUGAGAAUAUGUGAAGCUUUUACAGUGAGAGAAAACCAAUGGACUACAUUUAUCAGUGUUUAUUAUACAGGUGACCAUUGUUGUAUAAGAAUGUCAUUGAAUUAUUGAACUGUCAUGUUUGUAUCGGGACACUGAAAAGUUGCAGAAAAUGAAUGAAUAAACAUUUACAGAAAC